AUGGAAAGUGAAUAUGAUAUGAUAGCAUUAACUGAGACCUUUCUUACGAGUUCAGUGUCCAAUGGUGAACUCUUUCCUCCGGGUUUUCAUGUGGUUCGUAAAGAUAGACCUGGUGAUUGUGGAUGGGGAGGAGUUUUGCUCGCGAUUCGUGAUCGUCAUAAUGUUAAAAUAGUUACGGAUAUUGUUAGUAUGACUGAUGACAAAGAAUUAAUAUUUGCAAUUGUGACAUUUAAAAAUGUAAAAGUUUUAUGUUGUGUCGUAUAUCUGCCACCAAAUUAUAAGGAUGAGCAAUAUUUGAAUGUUUUGACAUGUAUAGAAAAUGUGAUUUGUACCUCGCUCGAAUACCAAUACAGAUUGGAACUGGCGUAA